AUGUCGGGAGCUGAAGUUCUCUCUGGAAUCGGGAUCCUAUGCAACGCUAUGCAGAUAGUGACAUUUGGCAAAGACGCUCUCGAAGUCUACAGCCAUGUCCGUGAGAACGGAACCGCCGAUCCCAGGCUUGAGACAUUCCUCGCCGAUGCAUCGAUAAGCUAUCAGGAGAUGAGGAAGCAGCUUUCUGUAUCCGGUCCUUUGACAUUCGACCAGCAGGAAAUUGUCAGAAUUGCAGAGGGCGCGCACAAUGGCCUUGAGAAAUUCAGGACUUGCUUUGCGCAACUCUACGUCGACGAGGACUCGAGAAAGGGCAUCCGUGGGAGACUUAGGGUUGCUAGAAGCGGCUUCAAGACGUUAUUCCGUGCCAAAGAGCUGGAAGAUCUGGAAAAGAAUCUCAAAAGAUAUGAGCAGCUUUUCCAAACUCGGCUUAUACAAAGAGUUUGCAGCCAAGGAGAUGCUAUAGCGCUGCUCACCCAAGAGUAUUUUACAGAUCUGAAUAUCGCCCAGCAGUCCAUGGUCAAGAACAUCGCCGAAGGCCAUACCAAGACGUCUUUACUGGUUUCUCAGAAAGCAGUCGAGAUAAAAGAUCACGUUACAAACCAACACGGUGAAACUCGAACUACCAUGGAAAACUAUCUGUCCCUCGCGGAGAAUAACCUUCGCUCCCAUAUCACGGAGUCAACCUCUUUAGUUCAGCGAGAUAUGACGAGUCGACAUAAUACUGAAGAUGACAUGAAGAGAUACGAUCAACUCAUAGCAAGUCUGAGAUAUCCUGAGAUGAACAGUCGCAAGAAUCAAGUUGUUGAAAAUUUUCCAGAAACAUUUCAAUGGAUCUUUUCGAACAAGGGACCAUGGGCUGAAGAUACCUCUUCGUUAGAGAGCUACAGUUCUGAAACGGACACUACCGACAUGGCCUGGCAUAACAGUACAACGGCAACGACGAGCUCCUCGGAUAAUUCGACUGAGUUCACUAGGUGGCUUGGCUCCGAAUCUAAGAUGUUCUGGAUCUGUGGAAAGCCCGGAUCUGGGAAGAGUACUCUUAUGAAGUUCAUAGCUACCAACUCUGUAACAAAGGAGUAUCUGACCGCUUGGCGCUCCGGCGUUCAUAUUUUAACUCACUACUUCUGGAAGGCUGGUAACCCGAUGGAAAGAAGCCUCAAGGGGCUCCUUCUAUCGAUCACGCAUCAAAUACUUCUGGAUAGAAUUGCACUAGCCCAGCAGCUGUGGUGGGCUAUGCCUGAACUCCAUCAUAAGUGGUCCCACGGCGACUGGGACAUGCAGCAGCUGGAAGCUACCUUACUCUGGGUACUGGAAGCUGUCGGAGAGAAUUUCUUCCUCAUAAUCGAUGGACUGGAUGAAUCUGAGGAACUUGGCGCACAUCUCUAUACGACUCCCAGCAAUCAAAAUAUAUUUCACAAGUUAGCGAAGGAACCGAACGUCAAGACCUGUGUCUCUAGCCGGGAGGAGUACAUAUUUAACAAUCAUUUUGAGGGUAUUGAGACACUACAAAUCCACAAGCUUACCGAAUUCGAUAUUCGAAAGUUUGCCGAUCAUUAUCUCGAAGCAACCAAUUUCGCAAACCCAGGCGAUCGGGAGGAUAUUCUCAACCUUGUAGCCAAAAAGGCUGAUGGUGUCUUUCUAUGGGUGGUACUUGUGCUUAACAGCGUUAAUCGGGCUUUUCGUAUUGACUACGAAAGGGAAAGACUUAUUGAGCGGAUUGAGCACAUGCCAAGGGACCUUGUCAAUCUGUUUCGGGACAUGUGGGAACGAUCUGGUGAUGAUGGCGACGUGCCAAGCUACCGCGCCUGUGCCUCACGAUAUUUCAACUUAGCUCUGGCUUUCAAGCACAAUCCUGGUAAUAUUUCUAUCCUUCAUAUGACCUUGGCUUCAGAAGAUUGUAGCCUGGAAAGUAUCAUCAAUUCUGGUGGUACAUGGGACCUGGUUGAGGUGGCAAUGAUGUGUUCCAGAACAGAAAAGAAGCUUUCCCUGGUCUGUCAUGGUCUCCUUGAGGUUGUUGUUGAGACCUAUCUUGGGCUUCAUCCGCUGCCGACUCCCAUUCAACACUAUGGGGAAAUGAAGGUUAAAUUUGCGCACCGAUGUGUUAUUGACUUCCUUCGAGAUACGGAGGAUGGAUCUACUCUCCUCAAUGCAUGCGGAUGGCGUCAGGGUGAGGCCCUGGCCCGGUCAAUGGGGGUCGGUAUGGCCCUCGAGUGCUUAAUCUGCCCUGUAACUGAUACGCAACAUCACCUGUUAUUCUACGACCAAGUGCAUGGCAAGAAACGGUACCUCUAUCAAACUGAAUACCACAGCUAUGUUGAGGAAAUCCUCGAUUCUAUUACUACUCGUGCAAUUCUUGGGCCCUAUCGAGGUAUCCUCUUGCGAAACCUCUACGAGUGGUACGCAGCUGACUUUCUCUAUGAUCGCAGCUCAUGGAGAUCUUCUGGACAUUUUGUAUUUCUGGGGAACUCAUGGAAAGAUCAAUUUGUUGCUUCCAUGACCAAAGCAGCCGAUCUGUCUAUUAUGGAAAGACUAAUUGUAGCUCUUCCCAGAGAAGAGUUCUUAAAUGCUUUGCCUGCUAUCUUUCGUGGUCUAUCAGCACCUUCUCUUAAAUCAGCAAGUCUCCAGUAUAGCCACCAAUUUGACGAGGGCGAAGUUACUUACGAGUUAAAGCGAUCCCGUUUGACAAAACUGAUCCUCUCCCGCUUGUUGGGGCUGCAAGAAGAGGGUUCCAGUGGAGACAUCCCUCAAGAUAGUUUUUCUGGAGAAGCAAGGGAAGACUUGAGACGCCUUGUAUGCUCCUGGUUUCUUGCCUCGUUGGAUACUAGCCACUAUCAGCAACGCUAUCAUCAACGCUAUCAGCAACGCUAUGGCGCUGUUCAAAAGACAGACCUGGCAGUGUUAGAACUCAUCAAGCUCGCCUUACCUAGUCUUGAUGACUGGAAUCAGCCGGUCUUGCUCUGCUUGCGAUGUCACCGCGGCUUUGCUCGAGGCUUCAUGUACUGUACGACGAGAAAGUUUUCUGAUGACUUUUAUGUCGUCGUGAACCUUGCUACAGUCUACCAAAUAUUCCUGCGGUCGCUGCAGCGUGGUGCUGCAGCAUCGCACACUACACAACGAAUGCCAAGCAUGAAUGAGCAGAUCCCUGAUAUGCCGAAUGGUGCAGAACUAUCAUUACGCAUUGUGUUGAUCGCAGAUGGAACAAACUACUAUCGCAUCUAUAGUAAGAACCAAAGUAAAGGCUCAGAACUUCUCUUGGGCUCACUUCUCACUGGACGACUCCUAACGGAAGAAGAAGUAGCAAGUGUCAAACAACGAAAGGGAUGGCCAGUAUGCGGUGGCAAUAUGAACCUAUUGUCCUAUCUUAUCUCCGAGCUUUCUCACAUCCCAGGACUACCCAUGCAUCCAUGCUCCAUUCCCUAUCUUAUCAAAUACACUUCAUCAAUGGAAUCCGAGGAAGUCGAAGUCAUAAUCUGCGGCGGCGGUUCCGCUGGCCUCACAGCAGCAAUCUGGCUAGCCCGUUUCGAUAUCCCCUUCAAAAUCCUCGAAAAGCGACCCGGGCCACUCGCAAUCGGCCAGGCAGACGGUGUUCAAUGUCGCACCGUUGAGAUCUUUGAGAACUUAGGUAUCUCUACGCCGCUGUUGGAAGAAGCGUACCAUGUCAGGGAAGUAGCCUUUUGGUCGCCGAACGAGAGUAAUGGUAGCCUUCAGAGGAAGGAUUUGGCGUAUGAUACUGAGACGGGUUUGAGUCAUAUGCCUCAUGUUAUUUUGAAUCAGGCGAGGAUUAAUGAGUUGAUGUUGAAGGAGAUUAUUCAUUUGAGGAGAGGUGGGACCAGUGGGGUUUUGUACGAUUCGCAUGUUGAGAGUGUGAAAGUUGUGGAUGAUGGGAAUGACUACCCCGUUGAAGUCGUCACUACUCACAACGGCAAGUCACAUUCUUACCGAGCCAAGUACGCAAUAGGCUGUGAUGGCGCUCACAGCACAGUCCGCAAGUCCUUAGGCUUCAAAAUGGUCGGCGACUCGACCGACUCAGUCUGGGGCGUCAUGGACGUCUACCCAAUUACCAAAUUCCCCGAUAUUCGCAAAAAGGCCAUGCUAAUCAGCAAAAAUGACGGGAACCUCAUGAUCAUCCCUCGCGAAGGUGAUGAGCUUGUGCGCUUCUAUAUCGAGCUACCAAACACCACAGCUCGAGACGUCACAGAGCAAAGUCUCAUUGAGAAGGUCAAGAGGAUCUUUGCGCCUUAUACGAUCGACGUUGCGCAUACGGUAUGGUGGUCCGCUUAUGUCAUCGGACAACGACUGGCGGAUCAUUUCACAAAGGAUUAUCGUGUCUUUUUGACGGGUGAUGCUUGCCAUACGCACUCCCCUAAGGCUGGACAGGGUAUGAAUGUCAGUUUGCAAGACGGCUUUAAUAUUGGGUGGAAGAUGGCACAUGUCCUCAGCGGUCGAGCGCCGCCGUCAGUUCUGGAGACGUACGUCCUUGAACGACAGGACACAGCAGAGAAACUCAUUGAGUUCGACCGCUCAUGGAGCAAGUUGUUCUCAUCGGACUACCGGAAGCAGAACGGUAUCGCAGCUCAGGACUUCCGAGACAAGUUUGUUGAGGCUGGGCGGUAUACUGCCGGUAUGGCUACCCAGUACAAGCCCUCGGCUCUUACAUGCGUGGCAGACAGCGACGAGAGCAUUGCUUCGGGACUUACUGUGGGAAUGAGGUUUCCCAGUGCAUCACUAGUGAGGCUCUCGGAUGCAAAGCCUUUCCAUUUGAAUAGCGUUCUUCCUGCUGAUGGACGCUGGCAUAUCUUGGCCUUCUGCUCUGAAGCUGACACUAAAGAGCGUCUUCUUAAGGUCGCUUCAGAGCUCGAUAGUCUCAUAAACGUGUUUACCCCCGCCGGUAGGAACGCAGAUGAAGUCUUCCUCAACACUCUCGUUAUUAAAACGGAUCGAAGGAGCAUCGGGAUCGACCAACUACCGGAGGUCUUCUUCCCUAAGUCAGGUCCUUAUUCAUUGCGGAAUGUUCAUAGAAUCUUCGUUGACGACUCAAGCCCAUACAUGCUGGGCUGCGGUGAAGCCUUUUCUAUAUAUGGCGUCAACCCUGAGCAAGGCGCCAUUGUUGUUGUCAGACCCGAUCUUUAUGUCGCGCGUAUUCUUAAGCUAACAGAUGCAAAUGAGCUGUUGGCAUUCUUCAAAGGCUGUCUUACUGCUAAAGAAUGA